AUGGAUAACACUUUAGAGAUGUCAACUGAUAUUUCAAUGUACGAUUUAAAACAAGGAAUUGAAUCAAUUGCAGAAGAAUUAUAUAAUAUUCAAUCAUUUAAUAAUGAUGUAAUUUUAGAUAGUUAUGAUAUUGAUGAUUAUGACCAUACUCAAUUAGAAAUUGAUAUCGAUUUUCAAAAAUAUAAGAGUGGUUUACCAAUUUUAAAAAUAUCAUCAAAGGGUAAAUCCCAAAAGAAGAAAUUAAUUUUUGAUUUAGAAAAAAAUCAAAUUAUUUGUGGUAAAAAAAAGAAAGUAAACUUUUCUGAAAUUGAUGAAAUUAGAGUAGGUCACAAAACAAAUAUUUUUAAUCAAUUCGUUUCAAGAAGUAAAGAUGAGGAAUCAAAGAAAACAUCAUUUUCAAUAUUAUUUAGUGGAAAUUUAAGAAAGUCAAUGGAUUUUAUAUGUGCAUCAAUUGAAGAGAGAAGAAUUAUAGUAUCAGCUUUGUAUCAUAUCGUUCAAGAUUCAAAGAGUGUAAAUAAUGAAUAUAAUUUUGUAAAGAAAGAAUGGGACUCAAUUGGCAAAGAUACAAUUGAUUUUAGUACAUUAAAGAAAGUUUUAGCCCGUUUAAAUUUCUCAACCAGUGAUGUUGUACUUCAAGGAUUAAUGAAAUUUACAGAUACCAAUUGUGACUAUCAUUUAGAUUUUUCAGAGUUUUCAAAUUUAUUAAAAUUAUUAAGAAGUCAUCCAGAGUUAAAGCCAGUAUUUUUCAAAUAUGCCCAAGGUAGAACCGAUAUCAUCCCAAUUCAUGGUAUGAUUCAAUUCUUUAAAGAAGAGCAAAAGGAAGAGUGGACCAUAGAAAUGUGUAAAAAUUUAAUUGAAAAGUACCACCACGAACGUUUAGACUAUAUCUCCUUUGAAAACUUUGAAGAGUAUUUAACUGGUGACCAAAAUCUAGCAAUCUACCCACGUUGCAAUGGUGUCUAUCAGGAUACCACCAGACCAUUAACUCAUUACUUUAUAAACUCAUCUCACAACACCUAUUUGAGUGGCCAUCAAUUAAAGGGUCUUUCAACUUCUGAAAUGUAUACAUAUCAAUUAAGACAAGGUUGCAAAUGUGUAGAGCUUGACGUUUGGGAUGGAAACGAUGGUGAUCCAAUUAUUUUCCAUGGUAAUACUUUGACUAGUCAAAUUAAAUUUUCUCAUGUACUUCAAACCAUCAAAUCUAGAGGUUUUGAAACUUCACCAUACCCAGUUAUUCUUUCAUUAGAAGUUCACUGUUCAAUUCCACAACAAAUUAUUAUGGCUCAACAUAUGAAGGAUAUCUUUGGCGAAAUGUUAGCAAUGCCAUUACCAGAAGGCUCUAAAGAAUUCCCAUCAUUAGAAUCUAUGAAAUUUAAAAUUUUAUUAAAAGGCCACAUCUCUAAAACACCUGGCUCAUCAACCUCAUCCUCAUCAUUAGGCUCGUUGGCUGGUGCAUUAAAUACAAGCAGUACAAACUUUAGUAACGAAGCAAGCUCCUCAUCUACUACAACCACAACAACCACAACAUCCACAUCGGGUUCAAACUAUACCACCGAUGACGAUGAUGGUGCUGUAGAUUUUAAAAAUGACGAAGAGCCAGAUAUUAAAUCAUCGUCUUCAUCAUUUAGUCUUGGUAGCAGUAAAAAGAAACCAACUAAAGAAAAGGUUGCGCCAGAGUUAUCUAGUCUUAUUUACUUGGUUUCACACUCAUUCAAAUCUGCCAGUAACACCAAAGAGCUUCCAUGCUAUCUUAUGCAUUCAUUAAGUGAAGAAAAGGUUAAGGCAUUGGUACAAACCGAUUCCAAAGAGAUGAUUAUGGCAUCACACGAACACUUUUUCAGAGCAUAUCCAAAAGGAACUCGUUUCGAUAGUUCAAACUUUGACCCAUCACCAGGCUGGUCCAUUGGUAAUCAAAUGAUUGCAUUAAAUCAGCAAACUUCAAGCGAACCAAUGUGGAUAAACGAUGGUAUGUUUACAGAUAACGGUGGUUGUGGCUAUGUAUUGAAACCACCAUGUUUAUUACCCGAAGGAUGUGAAGGAUUCGACCCAUCAUCACCAGAACGUGCACCACUUUCAAAAUACUCCCGUUUAAUUGUUACAGUUAUCAGUGCUCGUCAAUUACCAAAAUACACCAAAACCACCAAAGGUGAAGUUAUCGAUCCAUAUGUCACACUCUCAGUCUAUGGUAGCCACUAUGAUCAAAAAACUGAAAAAACAAGAGUUAUCGAUAACAAUGGUUUUAAUCCUCAUUGGGGCGAAGAAUUUGAAUUCCCUCUCUACAACUCUCAACUCGCCAUGCUUUUAAUUCGUGUAGAUGAUAAAGAUAAGGUUGGUCAUAAUCGUAUUGGUCACUAUUGCAUUAGAGUCGAAAACAUUAGACCAGGUUACAGAAUGAUAAGAUUAAAAAACAAUUUUAAUAGAUCAAUUCCAUUGGCAUCAUUAUUAUGUAAAUUUAGAUUCGAAGAAUAAAAAAAAAAAAAAAAAAAAAAAAAAUAUUAAUAAUAUUAACAAAUUUAUAAAAAUAAACUAAAUAAUAUAAAUAAUAU